UUUUUUAUUUUGUUCAGAAAUAAAUGAGCAUAAAAAAUGCAACUCGUGAUUUUUAAUUGCUUGAGAGUCAUGGGUACUCUCUAGAAAGACUCGUAAUUAUCCCCUCUUAUAAUUUAUCGUCGGGUACUCGUUCAAUGAGAAUCCCGACGUUUUCAUUACAAUCAUUGACAUUCGUUUAUUCAGUCGUCGCUGAUCGCUGAUUUGAAACAUCAAUAAAAUGGUUGGGAUGGUGAUGAGCCUUCCCCCACGAAUCCCGAUGAGACUUUUCGACGGAAGUGGAUGGAGGGCGUUCUUCGGAAGGAUUUGACGAAGAACAUUGGCGUCAGUAAUUUCAAUUCAGAACAGCUUAAGCGACUGCUCAAAAGCUGCGAAGUAAAACCUAUGAUCAACCAGAUCGAAGUCCAUCCUUACUUGACGAACAAGCAACUCUCGAAAUUCUGCAAAGAUCAUCGAUCGAGGACAUCUCAAGUCAUUCUCGUGAUUCUCAAGUCAUUCUCGAAGACACGUAUCCUCGAAAAUUCUCAAGUUUUCGAUUUUCAACUGAAUUCCGAAGACAUGCGUACAUCGACACUUUCGAUAUCGACUGGUGAAUCUGUCCCAUACCUGGUGCUACAGCAAGCCCCAUCUGACCAUUCCGCAUUCCUUACUGUUCAACGAAAGGCCCGCAACAAAUUACGUAAAUGAAUAUUUUACAUUUUAUUUUUUACUCGAGCAAUUUUAUCCAACUAAAUUCCAAAAUGUUUCAAUUAUUUAUCAUAAUUGUUCAUUUCUUUUAGAGUAUUCUUUUAUCUCCCCCUCGACGAUCCUUUCCCAUUGCAGCAUGUCAGGGUCUAUUCUUCAUCAUGAAAUAGUAAUGGAAAAUAUCCGAU